AUGAUGAACUCAAAUGCUUGUCCAAGUCACCGCCACAUCCAAUCCACAAUCCCUAUAACCAAUGCAUCACCAACGUCGACCUAUUCGCCCGUCUUUGUACCUGAAAUGCGAUAUUUGGCAUACAAACUCGGAUACCUCUCCAAGUCAAAUAUCCAGAGAGAAGUCCGCAAGGCCGAACCUCGACUGUACAAGCUCAUCGGGCACGCGGCCCUCUUCGACAACGCGAAGAAAUUCAUUACGGAGCACACGGAGCACGAUGUCAGAGAGGUAGAGGGAGCUGAAUCCCUGGCUCAAGACUACGACGAUGAAGACGAGGAUGGGCCCUCAUUCGGAUACGUUGAGGAUCUGCGGGAUGAAGAGUCGACGGAGUCAUCCUUCCCACCACUGGACUCGUCGAAUUAUUCUACUCAACAGAACGGAAAGAAUCAACCGGUGCUGAGUGUGUCAGCAACCGAGAUUGAGCUACCUGCGACUGAGGGCGAUGGGUGGGAAAACGAUAGCGAUUCAAGCACCGAGGCUGGCGAUGACGGCAACCAGAGUGAUGGCGACUGGAGUGAUUCCACUUGCGAGGAAUAUGAGGACGAGGAUGAUGAAAAUGUCCCCCCAGAUCGGAAGAUUGUCGACAUCUUCCCAGAAAUGACUUAUGAUUUCACGACUGCUUCCAAGUACAGCCCUCAAGAUGACGAUUUGGUUCUUUGGUCUCAGCAACCGCGAGUCUUGUCGCAGAGCCAGGCUGAUAGUCUACUUGUGGAGGCCUUUGGCUAA